AAUCAAAAUUGACAUUUGUUUGUGAACAAGAGUUGAAAAUUAUUUGUUUAUUUUAAAUAAUUAAUUUAUUAUUGUUAUAGCUAAUUAUUACGCUGUUGUGCAGUUUUAAUUUAAUAUUGUUAUAAUGGAAGGGAAACCAUUUUUUUGGACACCGGAGCUUGUCAAGAGAUUAAUUCAAUUACGUUUCGAAAAUGACUGGUUGUUUAAGAAGAGAAAGCAGCCUUGGAGUGAAUUUCACAAAAUCCUGUUAGAAAAUGGGUUUCCACAUAAAAUGACUGUAAAACAUGUCAGUAAGAAGUGGUCCUACAUGUGUGAUACCUACAAAAUAGCAAAAAGAGAUAGAAACAAAAGCUGGAAAUAUUACAAAGCUUUUGAUAAACAUUAUGGAAAAAUGAAGGUUUUAGACAAAUACGAAUCAUGGAAUGAUGAAUGGAGGUUGAAGUUGAUCACCUGCAUCACUGAGGCAAAGGCUCUCAAGCUUGACUACCAGAACAUGUGGUGGACAGUGGAAAGAGCAUUGAGGUGUCAGGACUUACCUACUGAUUGCUGUAUACAGGAUAUAAAGGGACUGUGGUCACAUUUGAGAACAACUUUCAGUAGGAAACACCGUAUGAAGCUCCGUAAGGGCGCGCUAAUACCAGAGUGGGCGCUGUACGCCGCCAUGCUGGAGUACUACCAGGCGUUUGAAGCAGAGCACCUGGAGGCGCUGCGGGGCUCCGCCGCCGUCUCCGAGAGCCGCCGCCGCCGCGCCAGCAAGCACUACCUGCAAAAAAAAACUGUCGAAGGUGGCGAUGAUGAAUACGAAUUUCAAUGGACUAAAGAUAUAACGGAAACAUUUAUACAGAUUAGACUGCAGAAUGACUGGCUGUUCAGAGAGAGGAAGUGGGCUUGGAAUGAUCUCGUGGCAAUAAUGGUUGAGGAGUAUGGCUUCCCUAAAAUGUUAACCGGCAGGGAAAUAUCCCGGAAAUGGUCCUCUACUUUCUCGGAGUACCAAAAAGCUAAAGCUACGGGUAACAAGUCUUGGGUGUACUAUACGCUGUUUGAAUUAUAUUUGGGAGAAGGAUCACUCAGUUUGAAUCCAGUCGUCGGAUGGCAAGAGGAAUGGGUAUCCAACUUAAUAAGCGCGAGGAUAGAUUUAGACUAUUUAUUCGUAGUGUCUUACAAGGAACGAAACGACGGCUGGAGGGAAGUCGAAAGAAGAUUGCGAAAUAUCGGCUUGCCGCUGGACCACAGCCUACUAGACUUGCCGGAGAUUUGGACAUAUCUAAUAAAAACCUAUAAGUGGAAGAGAAAAUUCGCUGACAAAGGCAUGUUGAGUGAACAAUGGCCGUAUUUUGAAGCGAUGGCACAAUACGAGAAGGCUCACCAGCCGAAACAAAAACAGGAAUUGGAGUACGACUGCAACAAUGAUGACUGCAAUGAUGAUAACGACUUUGACGAUGAUAUUAAACUGUUCGAUCUCAAGCAGAAGUUGGAGUUGCAAGUGAAGCCCAAGUUGGAGUACUUGGAGGCCAAUCAGUGUAGAUCGUGUUCCAAUGACGAGGGCUGCGUCAAUAUCUUCGAUCAGAAAGACGAUGAUGGGCUGGACCUAGCGCAUAAGUUGAGGAUCGUUGGCGAUGUACAGGUGGAGCCAUCAGACAGUCUACCUUCACAAAUUUGCUUGAACUGCGUCCGAGAGCUAGAAAACGCGUUUAAAUUCAGGCGGAAAUGUCAAGAGGUGGAUAAAGAAUUUCGAAACCCGACCGACAGUCACAAGAUUAAAGUAGAAGGUCACCUGGAUGACAACGAUCAUGACGCCAAGGACGACCCGGACAGGUUAGACGACGACUCGCAUUUCGACGACAUCCAAAAGUUCUCAGAAACGAAAGAAAAGAAACCAAAAAUAAAGAAGGAACCACCGAAAAUUAUGAAGAAAAAGAAGAAGGUUCGGAAAGACAAAUACGAGUACAUGAAAAUAUGCGAGAUCUGCGGCAAGUACACGAAGAACUUAAUGAGCCAUCUGGACAUGCACUCCAGUGGGAAGGCUUACUCCUGCGACGUUUGUGACAAGAAGUUUAAGUUUAAAAGUGGUUUGAUCAUACACAAAGCUAGUCACGACCCCACGCCCAGGAAGACCUGCGAAGUGUGCGGGAAGACGUUCCACAUCCUGGCUCAAUAUCGAAGACACUUCGUGUACCAUGCGAAUGAAAGGAAGUAUGAAUGCGAAACGUGUGGAAAACGAUUCAAUACUCUAGAUAUAUUGAAGGUUCACAAUAGAACGCACACAGACGAGAGACCGUUCCCGUGUCCUGAAUGCGGCAAGACGUUCCGAACCGCCGGGUGUGUUAGCAGACAUAAAAGAAUUGUACAUAGAACGAUAAAAAACCAAUAAAAGUUUUGUUGAAUUAA